AUGGAAGGCCUCACCACGCCAGACGCCAAUGAGGUGGGCAAGCUGAGGCCGUUUGAACGCGCACUCUUCAGUCUGGUGCCAGAACCACCGGCUCCAGGUGUGCCACCCUCGGAGGAGAUGGCACAGCGUCUGCUGAAGUACGCUGUGCACUGGAACACUCGAGCGCGCACAUGUCUAGUGGCUCAACGUGUCUUCAAUUGGAUCGUUUCCAAUUGGGCUCCCGAAAGACUGCUAAAGUGGCCAGGCAUUGGUCAUGAUGUCGCUGCUUUCAUCCCAUACACUGGUGAGCUACUCAUCCUUUUUCCUUUUUUCAUGCAUUGUUUUGAAGGCAAGGGUAUUUAA